AUGAACAAAAUUAGGAUGUCAAACCUAAUUAGAAGUCGUAAGGCGGUGUCGGCUGCACAUAGUUCGCCUCCCCUGUCGCAGCCAUCAGUUGCCACAGCUCCAGCAGAGAUGGACCACUUGCCAGUUGGUCCAAGGGUGUCCGAUGCGCCGACGUCAUCAGCAUCGUCAGUGGCGCAACCUGUUAGCGCCAGGCGUCGUCAUCGCCCACCCAGCACCUCUGACACCAUAUCGACAGACGCUUCUGCUGGGUCGGGGUCACAACCCGCGAAGAAGAACACUCGGGGACCGUGUUGGCAGUUGAAGACGGCGAAGGUUACCCGGGUGACCAACAGUCGUAUCAACAUCGAAUACGACGAGCGGCAUCGGGCAGCCUCGACGGCGGAAUUGCAUAGCUCUUUGGCCCACGACAUUGGUCAUGUCUUUCGGACCCAUUGCCCUAUGCAAUGGGAAGUCUUGGAAGGUCAUACCUGA